GCUUCGGUAUUCACAUCACGAAUGUUCCUUGAAUGCUUCAAUAAUUUCUGAUAACUCAUUUUCGUUUCGACUGUUAAUUUCGCGCAGUUCCAUUAUCUCAUCAGAUAUUGAAGAAUCAUUACAUCGAUCGACAAGCUCACGUUAUUAUGCCCCAUUAUACAUCGUACAGAAUUUCGCAAGAGAGUAAUUCCGACAGACUACAUUGUAAGGAGCAUUUGAACAAUGUCGCAGUUAUCGAAGGGUUCAAUAGCACCACAUUUGCAGUUUCAAUACUACUUUGGUGGUGACGUUCUCAUUUUGCAAUGUUUAGGAUUGUAUUCAAUGGGUAGUCUUUUCAAAAAUACCGAACCAAGUUUCAAGUUGUGGGAAUUGCCACCGUUCGUCUGUGGUCUAGGUAUAUUGUUGUACGGAUUAGUUGGUGACUUUUGCAAUGUUAUCGUAGAAGCCCGGCAAUAUUCCCUGUUUGCUAUUGAAGUUCUUGCAAUUGUUCUCUGUUGUUCUUUGGGAACAUACAAAGGUUAUCGAUUAUGGAUUUAUCGCCGUGAAUUUUACAACUUCAUCAAGGCCAUUCAGCUCCGUUGGGAUGAGGGAGUCGCUGAAAAUACGAUAACAGAGAAAAUGGUGGAGGAUGCCAAAUCCAUACGUUCGUUUAGGAUCUGGUAUGGCACAAUAAUUGCGGCGUUUUUCGGAUCAUAUAUAAUACGUCCAUAUGUGGCAUAUUCCCAGUUUAAAUUAUCAGGAGUAAAUGACACCUUCGAUUAUACAAAAACUGUCUAUCCGGCUGUACAUCCAUUUCCGUUGACUACACCUCUGUCGUUUUUCUGCUACGUUACCAUAGAGUCGAUUGGGAUCAUGUUCUGCACUCUUUACUGGACAGCAGCUGACGGACUGUUCGCACAGCUCACAACACAUUUGGCGAUUCAGUUUCAAAUUCUUGCAAAUCGGCUUCGUUAUAUGCCAACUCCAGAAAUGAUCGGAUCACACCAUACGGCGAUGGUAGUGCAACGAUUGAAGACAACCGUCCAGGAUUAUUUGAAACUGUUCGAAUAUAUCAACGAAUUGGAAACAAUCUACAAUCCUAUACUAUUUAGCACUGUAGUGGUCAACGGUUUGAACAUUUGCACCUGUCUGUAUAGCCUACAAUAUAGACUUUCGAAGCAUGAGUGGGAAAUGGCCGGAAAAAAUGCCAUACUUACGACUGGUAUAACGGCACAAACGAUGAUGUUUUGCAUGUGCGCGCAACAUUUGAAUGAUCAGAUCGCUGGAGUCCGUCAGGCGGCCUAUAACUGUUCAUGGACAGAGUUCAAUUCAACAAUAAAAAAUUUACUUUUAUUAAUAAUGAUCCAGACUGAACCAGAAUUCAUAUACGCAGCUUAUGGCUUUGUUUACUUGAAUAAGCCUCAAAUGACAGUGAUAUUCACGGGAGCUAUGCGAUUUUUCACCCUCCUGAGGAACAUGACUUGAAAAAUAGUACGGAAAUUCGAGCACAAAUCUUGCAAUCUUGUUUUAAUUAUGAUGCUCUGCAUGAGCAAAAAUGGCUGAAUAAACGUCUUUCGAUUGUAGUCAAUUGCGAAAAUUACCUUUCUACCUAGACAUCCACAAGAUUCCCGCAGCUUGACGACUUUCACGAACUGAUGGUCUGAAACUGCGCUGUCUUCUUGUCAUUAUCCAUGGUUAGAUUAUUAUGUACGAUUAUCAAUUAAUUUAUUUUGUUAAUUUAUUGACUAUAUGUAUACUUUCUCGGGUUUUUAC